AUGCAGUGCGAUCGAUCCAAAUACAGUGAGGGAGACGGUGCCACAUCUGCAUUGGUCAAUUUGGCUGCCCUAACUGGUCAACCGGAGCUCUUCCCGGUAUGGGUGUACGGUUUGACACAUGAUACACGUCUAGUGGAUGUGACCGGUCGAGCAACUUGUCAUUCCGGAGACGAUGCGGUCAUUCAUUUCGCCUCGGACGAUUGUCGUAAAUUGGGCUUCUCGGGUGCGGAGUUGGACGGUUCACCCGGUCUACCGUUGGUGGCCAAAUUGGACGGCCGUAGUGCGACCGCCACUCUCCUCGUCUGGUUUCCCAAAGCUCCGGCACUUCGUCUGGUUGUGGACGGUGACGAACGAGAAGAGAACGCUCGAUCUUUGUCGGGUUCGCCAGUGCCCAUGAUCACACUGAAACGUCUCACCGCGGGACCAGUUGGGAUGAGGUAUGUUUAUUUGCACCGAAAAUCAAUGAACUGA